CCCGAGUUCCCUGGGCAUCAAACGCACAUGUUUUCACGUCGGGUGUGUUGUGUUAAGGAUUGUUCCAGCGUUAACAGCAUUUCUGAAAUAUCUGUUUGUUGUCACGCUUCUGUUCGCUCUCCAGAGACUACAUUUACAAACAGUGAAGCACCGCAGUCAAUGAGAAAUACUUUCAAAUCAGCGUCUGUCGAAAACACUAGAGCCGAGGAGGCUGACUCGUGGCUGCAUGCUGCCGCUGACUUCACCAGACUAGAGGCUUUGAGACUUGAGGAACGACACCAUGAGCUCCAAGGUGUGUAAGAACUGUGGCAGUUCGGAUAUUGAUGUCGACCAUGCACGCGGCGAUGCGGUAUGCAUGGGCUGCGGCUCUGUGCUGGAGGACAACAUCAUUGUGUCUGAAGUGGAGUUUGUGGAGACGGGAGGUGGAGGGUCGCUGGCUGUUGGACAGUUUGUCUCUGCAGAAGAUGGAGCCAGACAUCCAUCCUUUGGUGACGGGCACUUCUCAGGGAUGGGCAAGGCAUCCCGAGCUCAGACGCUGCAGAGAGCGAAACAGCACAUCAGCAUCGUGGGGAACCAGCUACAGAUGAACCAGCACCAUAUGGACACAGCUUUGAACUUCUACAAGAUGGCACUCAUCAAACACCUGACCCGUGGCCGCAAAGCCUCCCACGUCAUCGCCGCCUGCAUCUACAUGGUCUGCCGAACCGAGGGAACGCCGCACAUGCUCUUGGACCUCAGUGAUAUUGUGCAGGUGAACGUCUACGUGUUGGGAAGAACGUUUCUCGUUCUGGCCAGAGAACUUUGCAUCAACGCUCCUGCUAUAGACCCGUGCCUUUAUAUUCCCCGUUUUGCCCAAAUGCUGGAAUUUGGCGAUAAGACCCGCGAGGUCUCCAUGACGGCGCUGCGUCUGGUGCAGAGGAUGAAGAGGGACUGGAUGCACACGGGGCGAAGGCCGUCGGGACUCUGUGGAGCAGCCCUUCUUGUAGCUGCUCGUCUACAUGACUUUCGGCGCACUGUCAAAGAAAUAGUCAACAUCGUCAAAGUGUGCGAAUCCACGCUGAGAAAAAGACUGACAGAGUUUGAGGACACGCCGACCAGCCAGCUCACCAUCGAGGAGUUCAUGAAGGUGGAUCUGGACCAAGAGUGUGACCCGCCCUGCUACACAGCCGGACUAAAGAAGAAGAAAGUCCAGCAGCUGGAGAUUGAGAUCAAGAAAAAAAUGGAUGACGUCGAAGGUGAAAUUCAGGAAUACCAGGAAGAAAUAGAUGCAGAGCUGGAGAGCAGCAGACCCAAACUGAGAGGAGUGUACGCUGCCUAUGCUAAGGGAGAUUUGGAAAAUGAUGACGAAAACAACAUUCUCUCCAUGUCAUCGAAGCUGGUGGACGACGAGGAACCAGAAGACGAAGAUGAGCUUCGAGCUGUGGCCAAGCACUUUGGCAAAGACCUUAACGAGCUCACACUGGAGGCUCUGAUAAAACUGGAGCAGAAGAGACCAGAAGACGAGGAGGGGAACCAGGAGCAAGAGGACGACGGGGACUUCCCACAGAGAAAAGCCCCAUCGCUGGCGUUCCUCCUGGGAUCGAUGCCCUCAUCAGCCACACUGGGCCUCUCAGAGUCCAUCAGCAGCUGUGUCACAGACGAGAAGGAGAACAAUGGUGCUGCUGACAGCGGGGAGCUCGACUUGAGUGGGAUAAAUGACAGUGAGAUAGAGCUGUAUCUGCUGAGUGACAAAGAAGUCAAAAUCAAGACGGCACUCUGGAUGGCAGAAAACUCCACCUACCUCAAAGAGCAGAAAGAGAAGGAAGCCAAGAUAGCGAAAGAGAAGGCGCUCGGGAUCUACAAAGAGAGAAAGCCAAGGGGCCCCAAUAGGAAACAUGCCCCGAUCCGAGCUAACACGGCUGACGAGGCCAUUGAGAAGAUGCUGGAGCAGAAGAGGAUCUCCUCCAAGAUCAACUACGACGUCCUUAAGGACCUCAACGUCAAGCCCUGCGCCAGCCCAGCUCGCAAGGCUGAGUCCCCAAAGAAGGAAAGGCCAGCCGCCAAGCUGGCCGGACGCAACCGAAGACCCGCCCAAACUCAGCUCAGCCUCAGCACGCCUCUCAGUACUCUGGGAAAAAGGCUACAGCCAUUCAUCAGCGGACAGCCCAACAAAAAGCUGGCCACGGAGCAGGUAAGCUUCCAUUCAUCUUCACUGCAUCUGCUCUUCCUCUCCGACACUCUUGUGCACUACAACCCUCGCUGCCCCGCUGCUCCUAAAAUGCACGACACCUCAGUCACCAUGUCGAUCAGUCGGUUAACUUCUCACGUUUGCUUUAACACACUCACUCAGGUUCAGUCUUCCUUUGCUUCACUGUAUUUUGACUGUGCUGUGUGAAUAAGAGUAUUUUCAAGGGGAAGAGCAGCCUUGAUAUUCCUUACAGUGAAAGUGGAUGAAGUAACCACAUUGAUGGUCCAGUCUUGUCAUCACUGCUUUACUUCAUAAAAAAAUGCUUUUCCUGUGAAGUCUAUGUGAACCAACAGGGAAGCGGGUUAGGCAAUAAUAAGGCUUGCAACUUAACAUUGAGCAAUUUUUAACAUUUUUUCAGAGGGUGGGGGGACGACAACCACUGCUGCCAAAUGAAUACCUCUGAGUUGUACUGCACUGUGGGUGAUGCUGCAAAUCAGUGAGCAGGAAAGCUUUAUAACAAAUUGAAUUUCUGAUGUAGAAUGAGAAAGUACCUGGAUUUAUCCUGCUUCUUUCACAUGGUUUGUCAUAAUUGGUUUCUCAAUUGAAUUUCCUAUUACAUAUAAUGAUAAGUGAUUAUUUAUAAAUGUGUCACUAACCUCAGUGAAGCAGAAGGUCUGGUCCUUAUUUGUGUAUUCAAGGUGAUCACCAUAGCUUGUGAGGAUGAAAAAAUCUGGUCAUUUAAGUAGCAGAGGGGUUGUUGAUUGGUUUUAACUGCUUUAGUUUUAAUGACAUUAACAGCAGGUGCACUAGAGGAGCAACGAAGAGACAAACAGGAAUGGUUUUAAGGGUGGAGGCCACUGACGUUUUUCCUUCCUGAUCUUUUCUGACUUGUUUUGCAUUUGGCUCGAGUCAGUGUCACUGCUGGUAACAUUAGACAAUACCUGGACCCUACAGAGGUUCCACAGGUAGUCCAACUUCUCCAUGAUGGCACAUUAAUAAGUGACAUUUUCAGAAGUUUUACUCUGUCUCCCAGCACAGUCUGAAGAGCAUGGCUUAGAUUCCAGGAGACAGGCAGUUACUCUAGGAGAGCUGGACAGGGCCAUAGAAGGCCUUUAACCCAUCAGCAGCUUGCAUCAGCACUGGGAGCUACAAAAUGACCUCUAGCAGGUCACUGGUGUGAGUGUCUCUGACCGAACAGACUUCAUGAAGGUGGCCUGAGGGCCCAACGGUACAACCUCUAGUGCAGGGGUCUCCAACUCCAGUCCUCGAGAGCUGCUUUUCAUUUGAUUCAGCUGUGUUGCAGUGGGGGUGCAUCUAAAAGCUGUAGGACCGUAGCGCUCAAGGACUGAGUUGGAGACCCCUGCUCUAGUUGGCUCUGUGCUCACUGCUCAGCACCGCGGUGCCUGAUUUGCAUUUGCCAUAGAAUACCAGAACUGGCAGGUCUACCAUCUGUUCUUUUUUAACAGGUGACAGCAAGUUCACCCUAAACAUGUGACAGACAUGUGAAGGGGUCUGAAGAAGCCAUAGCGACAGUUAUGUUGUCUGUAACAUUGUUCAGCAUGACUGUUUUGGUGAUGGCUUUGGUGACAGGCAUAUCCUAAGGGGGCACAUAACCUCUAUAAACUAGGCAACAGAACCCUGACUGCCAUUAGGUAGUCACCUGACCAAUAGAAACGCAACUCAACCCAAUAGACAUUAUGUUUUGCUCCAUCCGAUGCUGCCAGGUUACCCCUCAGAGUGUCCAGGAGCUCAGGGAUGCUCUGGACUCCUCAUGUCAUUAGGAGGAUGCCCCGAUGUUGUCAGCCAUGCAUACAAGCAUGUGGGAGCCAAGCAGAAUAUCGAGUACUAUAUCGUCAAAAUGGACUAGCUUGACUAGUUUAUUUUGAAAUCAGUCCUCUGUGGGUUUAUCGUUUUCAUUUCCAUCAAACGACAUGGCGUCCUUGUGUUCCUAACACAUUACCCAGUUCAUAUCAGUAUAGAUAUCUGGUUCUUGUUCUUUUUGGCUUUUGUUUGAGCAGUGCAUAUUAAGAUGCAGAUGCACUGUGACACAGAAUACAAUGUAAAUCUGCAGAGAGCCUGAAUUACUCAGAGGAGUGAUAUAAAUUAGGCUUCACAUAGCCACGCAGUUGUUGGUGGUUGGAUACAUUUAUUGUUGAUUUUGGUCUUUUUAUGUUUGUUUGACAAUAACCAAACUACCAUGAACCUUUGACUGUAGCAGACAUAUUGUAAGUCUGUGUCAAGCUCUCCUGCUCAGCCAAUAAAAGCUGAUUGCUGAUUUCUGCAGAGCAGGCAGCAAUAAAUAAAUCUCCUCUCGGGCCGUGUGAGAGGUGAACCGCUCUGUGUCUUUGUUUGGCCUUGCUAUAUUACUCCUCCUUCACUCUUUCUUUCUCCCGGGCAUUGACUGCUUCUAAAAAAAUUUUUUGACAGACUCUUAAAAUAAAUAUAGCCUUAAACUUGAACAUAAAAAUGUGUUAAACAGCAGCUUCAGGGGUAUUUUAUUUUUUUUAUCACACUGCAGUGAUACAGUAGGCUUUUGUUGGCCAGUUUCCAAUCAGUCCACACAGAAGGAGUUUACUUUCGCUAAUGUGUCUUAUCUCCUUUACUAAACCUAGUUAGACUUCUUGGCUUUGAACAGUUAGUUUCCAAAUGUCCUCGUUCUGACCAUUUAUAGCUUCAUAGCUUUCCAUUCAGAAAUGGGGCAGUCUCUUCUGCUUUGAUUUUUAAUUUGAUUUAAAUUGGACUUCAUUUCAGUCGAGGGUAGCGUUACUAGUUUCAAAGUCUUAAAUUGAGCUUUCUUGACUUCUUCUUCCUUACUUUUUUCCAUAUCUCAUUUUACACUUCCCUAACAGUCUUUUAAUCCCUUGUCAUUCUCAUUUCUUAUAUAAUUUAUUUCUCUCUUUUUGCAGCUUUUUCCGUGUUUCUCUUUUUUAACCACUCUGUAGAGAAGCAGCAGGAGUUUGACUUGACGUGCAGGGUUUGGGAAGUAAAAAUGUCAGGUUUUUUUUAUUUUUUAUAGUUGAGAUCAGCUGACUGACAGUCGGACCAUUUACAGGAUUAUGUGGAUGAGAAAUUCUGUCAGUGGAAUCAUAAGUAUAAAAUGUGAGCUCCUCCAUUAGAAAAUACCUGGUUUUAGAGCAGCGCGUCUCGGCUCCUGGCAGUUCCAUCUCCUCACUCCUUGCUGUGGCCUGUGAGUAGCAGAACUGUUGAUGAUUGGUAAUUGCCGAGGAAUAUCCCGGGUUAGAAGAUCCACAGUGUUGUUGGGAUUUAACACCAAAGACUGACCCACAUCAGAAUUUAAGUAGUGAGUUAAUGAGCUCAUAGGAACUGACUUGGCACUUGUUGGAGAAACCCUUGCUUGCCACAUCAAAGUUUCAGCUCCCUCCACAGAUUAUCUAUAGUACCGAGUCUGGAGACAUGCUAGGCCACUCCAUAACCUUAAUGUGCUUCUUUAGCCACUUCUUUGUUGCCUUGGCAUUAUAUUUUGGGUCAUCGUCAUGCUGGAAGACCCGUCCAUGACCCAUCUUCAGUGUUCUGGCUGAGGGAAGGUGGCUCUCAUUCAAGACUUUAUGGUACGUGGCCCCGCGCCUUGGCCAAUCUAUGCGGUGCAGCCAUCCUGUACACUUAGCAGUGUGUGUUACCAGUGGUGUUCUUAGUGACUGUGGUCCCAACUGGCUUCAGGUCAUUAACAAGCUCCAACCGUGUAGUUCUGUGCUGAUCCACCACCUUUCUCAUGAUCAUCCUCACAUCAAGAUCAUGCAUGGAGCUCCAGAGCGAGGGGGGCUGAUGGUCAUUUUUAUAUUUCUUCCAUUUCCAUGCCGUUCAGGCAUCGUGCAGGCCGACGAUCUUGUCCCUGACGUCCUUUUGGGAUGGAACUGGGAUGGAUAAACUGUUCCUUUGGACAAGUGUGCUUUAUACAUGCAACGAGCUGAGAUCAGGAGUAUCAUUAAUUGAUAGAUGGUAGUCGUCACAUGGUAGUGUCAGAAUUCUUCCUGGUAUUCACGUAUUUCACUCAAAGUCACGCAAAUCACUUUGUAACUGUUAUGUAAUGUGUGUUUUGUAUUUUUUAAUUUAUUUUUUGGUUGAUAUUCUGUGUCCAUUAACAUAAAACUACAAUCAAAGCUAGAAACUGUUCAUUUGUUUGGAAGUGAGCAAACUUAUAAAUUCAGCAGGGGGUCAAAUACUUGUAACUGUAUAAAAAGCUCUGCAAUAUUUUUGGCUGAAAAAAAGAAACACUGUUAUUAUUUUUGUCCAACUUUUAAGAUUAUUUAACAAACAUGUUAUUGAGAUUGAUGUUAAAUAAAACACUUCUGUUAAGAAACCAGCAGUAAACACAGUCACACAUGCUGUUGAGAGAGUGCAUGCUGGUUUGUGUCCCAUAUUUGAAGACUUUAUAGAAAUAAAGUGAAGUUAUUUAAUGUGGGGAAAAAAACAAAACAAAAAGCUUUCGAGGGAAUUUGUCAUAUUUGUGGCUCUUGUGGUGUUAAUGAUGUUAAAAACAACUAAGUUGAGGGGAAUUAACGAUAUCACUGAAACUGUAAGUUGCCGCUAAAACUUGGUGAAAAACAUGCCAGCGAAUCAUCUGCUUUUUAAAAUCUCCCAACUUUUCUUCCCCCCCCCCCCCCGAGUCCUGCAAAUCUCUGCCUGCUUUCUCUUUCCUCAUCUCUUCCCGUUAUUGCCUCACUCUGCUGCUGUCCUCUUUUUUUCCCAUCGCUCUUCUUUUCAUAUUUCCUCUCUUUCCUCCACAUUCCUUCCAAUCCCUUCGUCUCCCCCCUCUCCUCUCCUCCUCACAGCCUUUGUCUCUCUCUCCAUCAUGUGCUGCUGGCAGCCCUGAAUAGAGUAGCUCAGGGAGCUCAGGCUCUGUCAGCUAGGAAGAAAACAUUGCCACAAGGGGCUGGGUCAACAAGGCUUGUUACUUAGCAACCCCCCCUCACCUUCCCUUGGGAACUGGAAGCAAACGGCCGUCGCCAUUGGCUGCGGCUGCUCAUAGCUCGCAGCUCAUGUUAUGUAAUGUUGGCAUUUGAUUCCAGCAACAGGGCCAGAUUGAAAAGCGAUGUGUUCUUUGAGCUCUACUUGCCAUCCUGUUCUGUUUCUGUUCAUUGCCUUACAGUAACCAAUUUCCAUCACCCUCUCCAGCGACCCAGCAAUUAGUCUGCACAGUUUUUCCUUUUUUUAAAGCCAGUCGAUGGAGGAAAUGAUCAGUUUACUACAGAGAACUUGAAACUGGCGCAGCUGUUCUUCUCUGCCCUUUCCCCUAUUUGUCUACUCAUGUUUAGGCUGAGCAUCAGGCUGGAGGAGGCAGAAGGCAGCGCAGUUAAGAGAUGUGGGGAUUUUCAAAGAAGCUUAGAAAUCUCAAAAGGGUGAUGAGGUCACAGGAGGAAGGGCUUUGAGCUGUGCACAGCCUCGCUGGUGUUGCAGAUAUAGCCUGCUUAUGCAAGCAAUAAUUUUGGCAAGUGAUGGCCGAAUGUAUUUGAAGUAUUCUCAAUGAAGCUUUCCGGACAGCGAUAAAGUUCAUGAUGUGCACCAAUUUUAGCUCGUCCUGCAGAAACACAGCGACCUGCUCCCUCACCCCAGGAAAACACCUUUACUGUGAUAAAAUUGAUGCAGAAAGAUGAAAAUAUGCAAAACCUCUGCUUGAUCGGCAUGGUUGUGGCUCAGAGCGAGCUGUCUACCAAUGAGAAGAUCAAUGGUUACUUCAGUCUGUAUGUUGAAGUAUCUUUGGGCAUGACAGUGAACCCCAAUUUGAUUGGGUGAAUGAGACUUGUAGUAAAAAGAGCUUUAAGUGCUCAGUUAGAGUAAAUAGGACUAUAAAAGUAUCCGUCCAUUUACCGUUCCUUUACCCAUCCACACUAAUUCACACAUGGAUGCUAAUAAUGCAAACAAAUUUAAGUGGUCUAUUAAAUGUCAUUAACCAGGAUACUCUGUCUAACAAACAAUUAUAAAGUUUUGAUUGUUGAGCGACUGAUUGUUUGUAGGAUCUUGCUGUGUGAUCCGAUCCAGCUGAUGAGCCACUGUAGCUCAAAUUACCAAUAACGUUAAUGCUGGUAGUGACAGGAAGUCGUCAGAAUACAGAGUGGAUUGCAGUUUGUUGUAUGUGGGGCUGCAUAGCUGCAGACCAGGACCAACACAUUAUUAGGCAGCUGGUCAUAAUGUUAGGCCUGAUCAGUGUAGUGUUACACAUUCUCCAUGUCAUGUGCACUAAUGCACCUUUACACAAAAACAAGCAUUAAUACGAGGUAACUUUUGAACUAAGUAUCGUUAAAAGUUUCACAUUUAUAUAGACCUCAGUCCACUCCACACAUGAAGUGAUUUCCACUACAAAGUCAUGAUUGUAUCCAUUGUCCAUGGCUGGACCAAGGAAUGUUUUUUUGUUUUGUUCCUUGCAUACAUGAAUUUCUCUAGAAUCUUGGAAUCUGUUAAUGAUGAAAUCUGCAAAUUGAUUGUACAAUAAUAAUCUGAAGAAUCUGCACAUGCAGUUCAUCAAGGAGCGGUAAACUCCUGCCCUUCUUUACUUCAGAACAACUGAGCGUGUCUCAAACGCUCUUUUUAAAUGCAAGCAUGUUACUAAUUGGUGGAAUUAUUCGUAAGAUGUUCCAUGUUUUCUCCAUCUGUUCUCAGCAUUGCACAGCUUUUUCCUUCUCUUUCUUUCUUUGUGGUCCCGCCCCAACUUUGAAAUGUGUCCAUUUUUCUAAAAAUAAUUAAAUAGCUCUGACUAAAUGUCUGCAACUUGAUUAAAUUCAGUUACAGAAUUUGCAAGUCAUGGAAUUAAUUUUUAGUUACUUUUUAGAAAGCUUUGCUACUAUUUUGGAAACGGGGGUGUAGAUGUAGUGGCUGUCAUUAUCCAGAACUCUUAUUCCACACUGUGGUUUGUUCCCUUUAACUCUUUUUUUCCCCUGCUGUCUUGUGCAUGAGUAACUCCAGGCUAUCAGAUGUCUACAUCUUCACACCAAUAAAACCUUCUGAGCGCUCGUAUUCCCCGGUUGCUUUCUCGCUCCUAACAACCAAUUCCCUUGUUAGAGGGCUGAAGCUUAAAGUAAGCUAAAAUAGUAGAUAUUCGACCGCUGGAGAGCUUGCUUUGAACAUGCAACAUGAUAUUUGUAGUGGAACAUUAUCUCUGUGUAAUUAUGAGCAGCAGUGCUGAAUAGUUCACACCAACACAAAGAAACUCCGUGUCUGUCCCUCGCCACAGCUUCCUCUCCUCUCAUCCUGACCCAUUUAACAGCUCUCACCUCCUAAUUAGUCUGGAGCACAGUUUUUAUGUCGUUAUGUUUUCUUUUUAAUUAUUUUUUUAUUUCCCCCACAUUAUGACUGCUGUUCAGCGGCAGCUAAUGAGCUGGUGAGGUUAAAGCCAGCUGGUUUCCACUGUGAGGAAUAAGAGGAAACAAAAGAGAAGCAGAGAAGGGAAAGGAAGGGAUAGCAGAAUGUUUUUGCACUGGAUUUAUUUAUUUUUUAAUUUAUUGUACAAUCAUUUGGUAUUUAUCCAAAUCUGAGGAUGGAAAAAGCACAAGUCUAAGCCAAGAGAAGAAGCAGUGCAUAAAGGAACAAUCGGAGAGAUGGAAAAAGCGAGAAAGGAUGUGGGUAGAAUUAUUAUUAUUAUUUUAAAUGAAGCAAAACAGACGAGAUGUGAAAUAAAAGAAAGGUGGGAGGAAAGCAAGGAAGGAUGGAGGAGGAAAUGAAAAUUGAAGGGGGAGAAAGAAGGCAGGAAUGAAAGGCCCAGCAGGAACUCCUACAGGUUUUAGCUGAGGAGAAAAGAAAUAUCUCUCCGUCACACUGUGGACCCUCCGCCGGCCUCUGCUCCAGCUUUAUAAUUAGCCCUGGCUCAAAGGAAGGCAAUAAUGUGUAGGUUCCCUUGUAGCUGCAGUUAUACAACUGCAUGAGUUCCCUCUAAACAACAUUUUUUUUUUUUUUUUUAAAGACAUUUGCAGCAAAAAAGCGAGACUUGAGUUUAGACGUUGUAUUAUUGUCUAGCUUAUGGCAGGCUGGAAAGCAGAAAAAAGUAUAAUACCCAUGCACAUCUGGCCUCCCUGGUGCAAUAGUCUGUUUGAUAUCUGUACUUUUCAUCACUAAGCAAAAUAAAUAAAACUCAGAUUGGAGUGAAGAUGUGAUUGUUCAGAAUGAGACUGGAGGUACUCCAGUGUUUUCCAAGGGGAAAUUUUCUUUGUCUUACAGGGUUGAAUAUAUCGACACGGAGCGUACUAUGUGUACCGGAGUUUAAUUUGUUUCUACUACCGUAGGGUCAUUUUGACACACUGACAUCAGCGACAUGAAGCUGUAUACCAAACAUCUGGACCAAGUCAUCACUUAACUUCCAGUGGUUGGUGGCUUAUUAGGCCUGGAUGGACGAAGCAGAGGUUCCCCUGCUGGACCGUGGUCAGCACGUUUUAAUAUCCAGUUGUGUUUUCUGCUCGUAACUUUUCUUAUUUUCCUAAAUGCUGCAGCUUUGUUUUCAGUUUGGUUGGUUUUGCUUGAGUUUCAUCUGUUUGCAAGUGCUGCUUGUUGAAGCUUGAAAAGCCACCAUACUCUGCAGUUCUGCUUAUCCAGCUACAACAGGAAGCUUAAAAAGUUGUUUUUUAACUCUUGCCUCAUGCACAAAAAGCAAAAAUCAAUAACAGCCAUUCUCCAUAAAUGCACUGAUCAACCAUUACCUGCCUAACACUGUGCAGCUCCCUGUCAUACCUCUGGGCGUGUCUGCAUCCCAGUAUAGCAGGACAAUGUUGGCAGCAGAAUGGCUCCUUUGCAUUGAGAGGUGGGGACUUGAUCUUGAGCAGGAAUGUCAAAUUCAUUUUACAUGACAACAAACUUAGAAGUCCAAAAUGUGCCCA